AUGCUGUCAGUGACGUUUAAUAUUAGUUUUAACAACACAAGCAAGAAAGUGGCAUGUGGAAAAUCACAAUCUGUUAAUCAAUUGGUUCAAACAGCAUUGGAAAAAUUCAAAGUAACUGGACAACAUGGAGAAUUGUUCCAUAAUGGUAAAAGGGUAGACAGUUCAUUGCCUAUAAGGCUAACCAACUUGGUUAACAACUCGAAGUUAGUGCUUGUUGUUAGUGACGAAUCGAAAGAGAAGAUAGUGAAUAUUAAGUUGGCUAUCAAUGCUAAAAACGAAAUCAAAUCAUACAUUUUGAAAACGAGUAAUACGAGGUCGUUGAGGGAGAUACUUGAGGAGUUUGAAAAGAAUAAUGGUUGCGACAUAACGGGCGGGGAAGAAUUUGAAUUGACUGUAUUAAACAGCAAGAUUGGUGGUAAUAGCGAGGAGAUGAAUUCCAGCUUGAAGUCGAUCAUAGGAAGCGAUGUUUCGAGUUUGGUGAUGAGGUUGGCGUAUUUACAGGCGAACAGCAAUGCAGAAGAACAACAGAAAAUAAAUGAAAUACAGAUGCAAAGAAUGAGGGAAUACCAGAGACAAGAGAGAGAAAAAAAGGAAAUAGAACAAAGGUCCCGGGAAGAGGCUGCAAGACAGACAUCGCAGCAGCAGCAACACCACGAACACCACGAACACCACGAAGUGCAAAGUACAGACAAUGUUGAAAAUCAUAAAGCAUCAGAAGCCUCGAACAACUCAUUCAAAAGACAAUUGGAUCGUUCAGAAGCUGCACAAACCAGCACAAGUGAAACAGCUACUACAGAUGAUACGACCACACCAGAAGGUUCAGACCAGGCAUCUCCAGCACCGGUUGAGCAAAAAGACACUUUAUACAUCCCAUCGCAGUUCUCCACAUACGAAAACCCCGAUGAUGACUAUGAAAUGACGGUAGACCAGGCCCAGAAGUACCAUAAAAUGAUCAUAAACUCAUCUAAGAAACCUGCAGCACCUAAACCCAAAUCAAAGCCAUCGAAGUACUCUAUUCGGAUCAAAUUUCCCGAUAGACUCAUGCUACAGCUCGAAAUGAGCGACCCAACGGCAAAAUUGGGCCACCUCCUCAAGAAAAUCGACGAGUACUUGGUACCUGAAUUCCAGAAUAACUACAACCUUAAGAUCGGGUACCCUCCUUUCUCCAAAAUUCCUAUAUCACUCACCCACAACAACACUUCCCUCGAAGACUCCCCCUUCUUCCAAGACGAAAAGAUCGUCUUAAUCUGGGAAUCCCUCACUACCCAUGCAAAGGGCCCCUACAUCGUUGAAAACGACUUUGCACGCGAGAAUAUAAAACGCAUCAACGAACUUCCAGAGAUAAAAUUAGAGACCAAUAGAAGUAACCUACCUGCAGACCCAUCACCUCGUUCUGCCGUUCCUUCGGUGCCCUCCUCUGGCAUUUCCCAGAAUGCCGAGAAAUCAAGCGUCAAUACUUCGAAGAAAGUUCCAAAAUGGUUCAAACCUACCAAAUAG